AUGCUCCCCCUCCUUCCCAUCCCAUGCUCCCCCUCCUUCCCAUCCCAUGCUCCCCCUCCUUCCCAUCCCAUGCUCCCCCUCCUUCCCAUCCCAUGCUCCCCCUCCUUCCCAUCCCAUGCUCCCCCUCCUUCCCAUCCCAUGCUCCCCCUCCUUCCCAUCCCAUGCUCCCCUCCCUUCCCAUCCCAUGCUCCCCCUCCUUCCCAUCCCAUCCUCCCCCUCCUUCCCAUCCCAUGCUCCCCCUCCUUCCCUUCCUCGCGUUCCUCCUCUCCUCCUCGCGUCUCUCUCCCCUCUCCCACCCUCCCCCGCUCCUUCCUCUCAGGAGCCUCUACAACAAUCUCCUCACGGGUUCUCUCCCCCUUGCCCCCACUGCCCCCACUGCCCCCACUGCCCCCACUGCUCCCCCUCCUCGUCUCCUCCCCACACCGUCCCGUGCCACCCUCUCAGGAGCCUCUCCAACAAUCUCCUCACGGGUUCUCUCCCAGCCUCGCUCUCACUCUGCGCCUCCAUUUACUCCCUGUAAGCUGCUCUGCUGCCCUCUCUUCCCCCUCUCCUCUCGCUCUGCGCCUCCAUUUACUCCCUGUAAGCUGCUCUGCUGCCCUCUCUUCCCCCUCUCCUCUCGCUCUGCGCCUCCAUUUACUCCCUGUAAGCUGCUCUGCUGCCCUCUCUUCCCCCUCUCCUCUCUCUCUGCGCCUCCAUUUACUCCCUGUAAGCUGCUCUGCUGCCCUCUCUUCCCCCUCUCCUCUCUCUCUGCGCCUCCAUUUACUCCCUGUAAGCUGCUCUGCUGCCCUCUCUUCCCCCUCUCCACUCGCUCUGCGCCUCCAUUUACUCCCUGUAAGCUGCUCUGCUGCCCUCUGCACUCACUGCCCACGCUCCCCCUUUCACUUCCCCCUCUGCCCUCACUUCCCCCUCUCCUCUCGCUCUGCACCUCCAUUCACUCCCUGUAACCUGCUCCACAACCACUGCACGCUUGGCCAUGCAGGUGCAGGGACGUCAGUGGAAACUACUUCAACAGCAACCCACCCACUCUCAUCACCAACCCUCGUGCUUUCCCCGUCUUCCAUCUUCUCCUCUUGCCUCUGCCUACCCCUCUCAUCCCGCCCUGCCCUGCAGGACGUCAGUGGUAACUACUUUCAACAGCAACCCACCCCACCCAUCCACCCUCAUGCACUCCAUCUCUUUUUUCCCACCCCCUUCUCCUACCAAACUCACUCCCAUCCCAUCCUCCCUACAACCCUGUCUCUUUCACCCGCCUCCGCCCUGCACGGACGUGAGCCGCAACUAUUUCACAACAACCCCGCCUCUCUCAUCACCAACCCUCAUGUUUUCCUCCGUGUUCCGCAAUAUCCUCCUCUGUAUCUACCUCCCCCUUUCCCACCCCACCCAUCCGCCCUGCAGGGACGUGAGCGGCAACUAUUGCAACAACAAUCCCGCCACUCUUAUCACCAACCCUUCCACACGCUUUCAACUCUUUCUCCUGCUGCACUUGCUCCCCUACCCCUACCCCUACUCCACCCAUCUCCUGCAGGGACCAACCUAUCGCGCAACUACUUCACGGGUCCCCUCCCAUCGCUCCCCUCGGCCUCCGCAGUCCUCUCUCUCGACCUCUCCUCCAACUAUUUCUUCGGUCGUGGCAACGCGUACGACACUGCCAGCAGCCCCAUCUGCCCUUCCGCAACAGUCCCUGUCAGCACCACCAACAACUGCCUCUCCUACCUCACCUCCCCUCCUUGCACCGACCCUAGCUAUCCCCCGGACCAGCCGCAGCGUCCUGUAUAUCAGUGCCAAGCCUUCUGCCGGACCAACUUCUCAGGUUCGGACAUCGCGGCCGUGAACGAGCAGUGUGGGUUCGGCGGAGGGGUGUGUAUUGCCACGGCAACAGUCUCGGCGGCAGCGGGAACAGCUACAGUGCAGUUCAAGUGUAGCUGUUCCCCCUUCUCUUCCCUUCCUCUCUCACAUUGCCUUCCCCUCUCCGCCUCUUCCCUCGCUCUUUCCCUCCUCUCCCCCUCCGAUUUUCUUCUCCUUUCCCUCUUCUUUCCCUCCUCUUCCCCUCCUCUCACCCUCCACCCCCAUUCCUCUCUCCCAUUGCCAAACUACAGCGGGUCCUCCUCCCCCCUCUCCUCCUCCCCAGCCUCCUUCCCCCCCACCUCCUCCCCCCUCUCCGCCUCCCAACCCGCCUCCUCCCCCUCCUCCCUCUCCGCCCCCUCCCUCGCCACCACCCCCAUCGUCCUGGCAAGUGACUCGGUGGGAGUGUAUAAACAAGGACCUUCAGGGCACCUGCAGUUGCAGCUGCUUAUUUGGCAACCAGUGUUACUGCCCUGUCUAGAGCACGUGGUAACCAGCGUUACUCCUAUCCCAAACUACAGAAUGAGGUAG